AUGGCGCGUGAGGAACUCGGCUUAGCCGAAAUAGAGUCACCGGAGGAGGCCCAUGAAAACGUCGUGCUCGCUCUUACAACGUCGUGCCGAGACUGCAGACCUGAUACCAGUUGUACGUGCCGCAGUGGUUGUAUCCACCUUCCUAGGAUGGCGGAGUCCGAGAUAUGUUCCACUUUGGUGACAUGGGGGACAAGCAACCGGGACAUUCUUCCAUCUUCGAGAGAGUUUGCGUGCGGAAGUGUCUGUGGAUUGGAACAAUACGAUGCGUUUUGCCCUUCUGCCCAAGCGAUAUGGAUUGGCCAUGGUCACCACCGAAGGCUCGUUGGAGGAGGCGGACUCCUUGAAUAUCCCAGUUUGAUCCUGGACGUACUGCUCAUGAACGGUUCAAAACGACCUGGGUCAUCUCAAGCUCCGUCCCCAAUUGUUAUGCGCGACCCCUGGCAACUGACACAAGAAUUCUAA